AUGGGUCGACAACAGACUCUCGGUAAAUUCUUCCAAAUGCCUGCAGGUUCCAAAGCCGCACCAGCCCAGCAGUCGAAGCUUGAGGAGAUGUGGGCCGGCAAGAAGAAGCGAGGCGAGGUCAUGUCUAAGAAAGAGGAAAGCUCGCCUGCGUCCGAAGCAGAGGCUGCGGAGGACACUAAGAAAUCGAAGCCUCCACCAUCCAAGGAAGAGCACAAGGCUAAGCCCACCAGGAAAUCACAUAAGGGCAACGUGGUUGCGGUUCCCGUUCCAUUGCCAUCCAAACGUAGGAGGGCCCAGCCGGUCCAGGAACCUGAGAAGGAGGUUCCUGAGGAAGAUAAGGAAGUGGCGACCUCGGAGGCCGAAAAUGAAGAUGAGGACGGGGAAGACCUAGAAGAGGAAUUAGAGGAAGAGGAAGGCGUAGCGUCACAAAACGCCGAGGCAGCACUUUCCAGGACGAAAGAAGUCGAUAUCGAAGGAGGCUGGAAAGUGGGCGAUCCUGUUCCAUAUGCCGCUCUAGCGAAGGUGUUCUCUCUGAUCGAAGCAACGACAAAACGACUAGAGAAGACAGCUCUGCUGACCGCAUUCUUCUUGCUUGUCAUUCAACGUAGUGCUAAAGGAGACACGAAGUCAUUAUUGCAAGCGGUCUACUUGUGUAUCAAUCGCUUAAGUCCAGAUUACGUGGGCAUCGAGCUUGGUAUCGGCGAAAGUCUACUAAUCAAAGCCAUCGGCGAAUCUACCGGCCGGAGUCUCGCUGUCGUCAAGGCCGAUCUCAAGAAGGAGGGCGACUUGGGACUUGUAGCUAUGAAUUCGAAGAAUAGCCAGAAGACCCUCUUCAAACCGAAGCCGCUAACCGUACCUUUUGUAUUCGCAAAUCUCAAGGAGAUUGCGCUUAGUACUGGCCACUCGUCUCAAAAUAAGAAAGUGUCCAUCAUCACCAAAUUACUUGCGGCAUGCCAGGGCUCUGAGGCGAAAUACAUUGUCCGCAGUCUCGAGGGCAAGCUACGCAUAGGCAACGCAGAGCGUACUGUGCUAGUUGCCUUGGCGCAUGCCUUCGUCUUGGCAGAGCAGGAACGAGCGAACAAGAAGAUGAACCAAGAAAAGCUCACAGCGCGACUGGAGUACAGCGCGGGAAUCAUCAAGUCGGUGUAUAGCGAGCUGCCGACAUAUGACCUAGUCAUCCCCGCACUACUGGAAGCCGGCAUUGACAAACUGCCUGAUGAAUGCAAGCUCACGCCAGGCGUUCCACUCAAGCCCAUGCUUGCAAAGCCGACGAAGGCGAUCGGGGAAGUGCUUGACAGGUUCGAGAACAAACGCUUCACUUGUGAGUACAAGUACGACGGCGAACGUGCCCAGGUCCACCUGCUGGAGGAUGGCACUGUUGGUGUUUUCAGCAGGAACUCCGAGGAUAUGAGCAGAAAAUAUCCUGAUUUGACUGAACAGCUCCCGCAUUGUAUCAAGGAGAACACGAAAUCAUUUGUGCUCGAUGCUGAGGCAGUCGCUAUCGACAAGGACACUGGCAAGCUGAUGCCUUUCCAAGAACUCAGUAGGCGAAAGCGGAAGGACGUAAAGAUUGAGGACAUCCAAGUCCGAGUUUGCCUCUUUGCUUUUGAUUUACUCUAUCUCAACGGCGAACCCCUGCUGCGCAAGCCGCUCGCGGAACGACGACAGCUUCUGCGGGAGCAUUUCCAGCCCGUGGAUGGAGAGUUUAAUUUCGCGAAAUCCUCGGACAGCGAGACUACCGACGAGAUCCAGGCUUUCCUAGAAGAGAGCGUCAAAGAUGGUUGCGAGGGUCUCAUGGUCAAGAUGCUGGAAGGCGACGCCAGCAAUUACGAGCCAAGUCGGAGGAGUGUCAAUUGGCUGAAGCUCAAGAAAGAUUAUCUAGCUGGUGUCGGCGACUCGCUCGAUCUGAUCGUGGUGGGGGGAUACUAUGGGAAGGGCAAGCGCACGAACGUCUACGGCGCGUUCCUCCUGGCAUGCUACGAUACUGAGGCGGAGGAGUACCAGACCAUCUGCAAGAUUGGCACGGGAUUCAGCGAAGAAAUGUUGCAGGCACAUUACGACGCGUUAAAACCUCUGGAGAUCACGAAGCCCCGCGGUGAUAUCAAGGUCGGCGGUGCAAAGCCAGAUGUGUGGUUUGAGCCGAAGGUUGUUUGGGAGGUCCUGACUGCGGAUCUCAGUCUGAGUCCAGUGUACACAGCGGCCCAAGGACUAGUUGAGGAGAGGGGUAUCUCGCUGCGGUUCCCUCGGUUCAUUCGAGUGCGAGAUGACAAGUCCGCCGACGACGCGACAGGGCCAGAUCAGAUUGCAGAGAUGUAUGAGCGCCAGGCCCUCGCACAAAGCAAAGGCGGGAAGAAGCGCAAAGGUGGAGCUGACGCUGACGAUGGGUUUUGGUAA